AAAAUUUCCCAGAAAUUCUCACAACAUUACCAAACUUGGUAGAUAUAUAUACCACUUAGUACUUACUCUUGAUUCAAUUAAAGACCGGUCCUUUUAUAAUUAAGCUAUAGUAUUGCUCAUUUUUCUUUUUUUGUGAGAGUUUGUCUUAAUAUCAUCACUAAUACUAUGGCACCAAAGAAUAAGUACAAUGUUUUCAUAAGCUUUAGAGGUGAGGACACCCGUUACAAUUUCACUAGUCAUCUCCACAAAGCAUUGUCCCAAAAGAGUUUACAAGUUUACAUGGAUCAGAGGCUGGAGAGAGGUGAUGAAAUUUGUUUUGCUCUCUUGAAAGCAAUUGAGGACUCAAUGCUUUCUGUCAUCAUUUUAUCGGAAAAUUAUGCAUCUUCGAGGUGGUGUUUGGAUGAAUUGGUUCAUAUUCUAAGGUGUAAAGAAAGAGAUGGACAGAUUGGUGUACCUAUAUUUUAUAAUGUGAGUCCGUGCGAUGUCAGAAAACAAUCAGGGAGUUUUGGAGUUGCAUUUGGUGAACUUAAAGAACGCUUUAAGAGAAACUCUAAUACACAAUGGAUGAAUGUUUUAAUAUCUAUAUUAGGUAAAAUGACAGUAUUCAAUGGUGCACUUGAAGAUUGUUUUAGGAGUGAGCCUGAUAGAUUGACUCAAUGGAGGAAUGCUUUAAUAUCUGCAACUAAUCUUUCUGGCUGGGAUGCACCUACAACAAGGUGUGAUGAGUCUGAAUUAAUUGAGAAAAUCGUCAAUGACAUUUUGAAGAAAUUGAAUCGUGUGACAUCAAGUACAAAUGUUUUGAAUGGUCUAGUUGGAAUGGAGAGACGAAUUGAAUAUCUUGAAUCAUUGUUUCUCACCAAUAAGUCAUCAUUAGAUGCUCAGAUUGUAGGAAUUUUGGGGAUGGGUGGCAUGGGCAAGACAACUCUAGGACAUGUCUUAUUUACUCGAAUUUACAAUAAGUUUGAAGGUCAUUGCUUUCUUGAAAAUAUUAGGGAAGAAUGGAUAGACUUUGUCGUACUUGAUGAUGUAGAUGAUGUAGAGCAAUUUGAGUACUUAGUUGGAGAUCGAGAUUGGUUAAGCCAUGGAAGUAGAGUGAUUGUCACAACUAGAGAUAAGCAAUUGCUUAAGAAUAUUGGGAUUGAUUGGAUCUACAUGGUAGAGCAACUAGAUGAUGAUGAGGCUCUUCAACUCUUUAGUUUGAAUGCAUUCAAAAGAGAUCCUCCACCAAAGAAAUAUAUGGAGUUGUCAAAAAAAGUAAUGAAUUAUGCUGCAGGCAUGCCUUUGGCUCUUAAAGUUUUAGGUUCCCAUUUGUAUUCGAAGAGCGAAAAAGAGUGGAAUAGUGCAUUGAAAAAGCUUAAAAAGUUUCCCAACAAAAAGAUUCAAAAUAUACUGAAGAUAAGCUACGAUGGUUUGGACGAUAAACAACAAGAUAUAUUUCUUGAUGUUGCAUGCUUUUUCAAAGGCAUGGAGAAGGAUUUUGUGGGAAGAAUUUUGGAUGAUGAUGGUAUGUUUGCGGAUGUGAUCAGAGAUCUCAUCGACAGAUGUCUCAUAGUUGUUACAUCUUUUGAGAGACUAUGGAUGCAUGAUUUGAUACAAGAAAUGGGAAGGGAAAUUGUUCGUGAAGAAUGCGUUAAAGAUCCUGGAAUGUGUAGCAGACUAUGGAUUACUAAAGAUAUAUGUCAUACGUUAAGGAAGAACAAAGGGAGCGAAAAAAUUGAAGGAAUAUUCCUCAACAUGUCUGAGAUUAGAGAGAGUCAUAUCAAAUUGGAGCCUAACGUCUUUAAAGAAAUGUCCAAUCUAAGGUUACUUCAAAUAUGUGGAAUAUCAAGAGAAAUGGAGCAAUGCAAACUUCUACUUCCUCAAGGUCUUGAUACACUUCCUGAUUCUCUUAGAUAUCUUCAUUGGCUUCACUAUCCUUUAAAUUCUUUUCCAUCAACUUUUGUGCCACAAUAUCUCGUUGAACUCGACAUGCCAUCAAGCAAGUUGGAACAACUUCCUAACGAAUUUGAGCUUCUUGAAAACUUAAAAGUUGUCAAUCUUAGUUCUUCAAAGAAUCUAAUCCAAAUCCCAGACAUCUCCCAAGCUAAUAAUUUGAAGAGUCUAUGCUUGAAAGAUUGUGAGAGUUUGGUUGAAGUUCCUUCACUCAGAUUUCAACAAGUUCUUGAUCACAAGUGUUUUACAAAAGAGAAUUUUGUAGGACAAAUACUUUACACCGGCUAUGGUAUUCAAGGAAAUUAUGUGAGACCGGGAGAAAAUAAUCACAAACCAUUUUGGUGGAAAUCCUAUGAAGCCAUAGACUACUUUCUUAAUCUCAGUGGUUGCUCUAAUCUUAAAGUUCUUUCUGAGGUGUCUGGGAGUAUUAAAUAUAUUUGUCUGCAUUCCACAGCCAUAGAAGACCUACACUCUUCAAUUUGGUCUCUUGUUAAUCUUUCUCUUCUGGACCUUAGCAAUUGUAAAUUCCUUAAGAAUCUUCCAAGUGGAAUUGGUCAGUUAGAGUCCCUAAAUCAUCUCUAUUUAGAUGGUUGCUCAUCUUUCAAAAGCUUUCCAGAGCAUCUUCCGAAGAACAUUAGAACAUUAGACUUUAGUGGAACAAAGAUAAAACAAGUGUCUUCAUCAGCCUUUGAAAAUCUAUCUAGUCUUGAGGAUCUAUGUCUAAAGAGCUGCAUAGAGCUUGAAACCCUCCCAACGAGCAUUUGUAAGUUGAGCUCUCUUGUGAGUCUCAACCUAUCUGAUUGCUCAAAGUUUAAAAGCUUCCCGGAAAUCUUAGAGCCAAUGGAAAGUUUGAAAAAACUUUAUCUAGAUCGAACAGGAAUCACAAAGUUACACUUGUCAAUCGAAAAUAUUACUAGGCUUCAAUGGCUGAUUUUAAGGGAGUGCAAGAAUCUAGAGUUUAUUCCAAACAACAUCUACAAUAUAAGCCAUCUUAAAGUGUUAUGCCUUUCUAGAUGCUCAAAACUUGUUGCUUUGCCUGCUAUGACGAACGAAUUCCAAUUUAAGAUUGAAGUUGAUCUUAGCUAUAACAACAUAGCUAAAGUCCCUAGUUGGAACCUUGGUUUAUCUUCCUUACCAUUGAUGGAAUUCGAACCAUGUGGAUCAAUGAUUGAUAGAAGACCAGUGAGUAUUGAACGACUUUCUAAUAUGCUUUUAUAUUUGUUAGAAACCUGUGACAAUAACCAAACUUUCACAUCACCUGAUUUUGAUGUCACGUCAUGUCGAUGCUACUUCUCAUCUGGUAGAAAAAUCCCAUACCAAUAUUGUGGUUGCUCAAGAUGGAAUGUUGUCAAAUAUAAAAAUCUGGUGAUAGAUUUUUGGGUUUCUCUUUUCAUACAAGCAGCUUAUUUUGGCCUAAAACCAAAGAAAAACUUUUGCCCCAGAAUGAAUUUAUGUUGUCCAGGAAAUGAACUUCCGGAAAUUUUUUUGGAUCAGUCUGAAGGAUCUUCAAUUGAUGUUUAUCUUUUCCCAAGUUCCUAUAAUUCCAACUUCAUAGGUUUUGCCUUUUGCGUUGUCAUUGAAUUUCAGCACUACUAUUUUGAUAUUAACCGUCUGAAUUUUCAAUGCGAAUACCAUUUCAAAACAAACAAUGGGGAAAGCAACAAACGUAAUUGGAGUCUUCAUCUGCCAGAUAACACUAGCAUAUUUGUAGAAAUAGGAAUUCUCAAUUCAGAUCACAUGUUUAUGGGGUUUAUUAACGAGGAGUACGAUGAGUAUUUUGGUGCAAAUCCAAUAAUAUUUCAAGUGUCGUUUAAGUUUCACCUUGAACAACAUGGUUGGGAAGAACUUGUUAAUGUUGGCAAGUGCAAAGUGAAAAAGUGUGGAAUUCAAGUGUUAAAUCUUGAACAUUUAAUUGAUUUGUUAAAUCAUAAAGAUGCAGAGGCAACUACAAGUGGAAGUGAAAGUGAGACAAUGGUCUUUGGCACAGAGUACAAUAUCAACUUUGAUAAUUAUGAUCAUGAUGUAACUUAUUAUAGAACAAAACAAUUUAGAGUUUAUGGUAACGACACACUCUCCAUUCCAUUAUCAGAACUCUUGUAGCUAGUCUUAUGUUAUCAAUAGUAUUUGUGAAGAUUAUAAUGCUUUUUAA